UGCCAGCUGUUUGCGUGCAUGGCCGACUGAUCGUUUAGUUUUAUGACGGAUUUAAUGUAGGUUAAUCUAAUUCGCGUUUUAUUUUUUCUCUCACAGGACAUUUAAAUUAAGUGCCUUUGAACAAUAAGUUCGGGCGAGAGCUACGCAAGAUAACGAAACUUUCCGCGAAAUAAUAGUUUCGUGCAAUGUUUGAAAAGAUAAAUUAAACCAGGUGAUCCGAAAUGGAUGAACAAGAAUUCAUUUCUACGUGUUUCGAUAUCAAGAAGGAUUAUCAGCGAAAAAAUUGAUGACUUGUCACUCGCAUUUCAUUUCGAUGAAUUGCCAUAAUUGCACAUUUUUUCAGCGAUAUCAAGGAUGACAAUGUUGUAAUUGUUUGCCACAAUACUUCGAUCAUUUUUGAGAUAAUGCAAGAUCAUGGACCUGCCGUCAAGGACUUCAGAAGUCAGUCAGACUUGGAAAACGGUUUGUCCUUGCUACCCAGAGAAGUACAGGACUCGGUUCAAAGCUUGCAUCAGGAUCCUGUAACUAUGUCUCUUAUCAACAUUGAUAGUGAUCUGGGAGAAAGAGAUGAUUCAAUGAAUUUAUUGGUCGACAAGAGAGCUGAAUCGCCAAAUGAGCAAAACCUUCCAGAAAAACUAUCUUCCAACUUUGAAAACAUUCCUCUAAACUCUGCCAAAAACAUUGAGCAACUUCUGACUCGUAAUGGCUCUGAAAUUUCAAAUGAUAAUAAUGAAAAAUCAGUGCAAUCGGAUGAUGAAAAUCUGGCAAAUUUCACACACAUGAUUUCUACAGAAAAUAACAGUUUCCUGGAUAAUCAAAAGCCCAAUUUCAAUGGAGACUUCUGUAUUACAAAGGAGCCGAAACCUGACUUACCAGAAACAAUCAUACCUCUGAUGAACAAGCAAAACUACCAAAGUGCUAUAGACGAUUCUCGGUGCAAAGAUGGGAUAGAGAAUUCUCAGAAUACACAAACAAUCCCUGAACGUGAGAAAAAAAAUAAAGAACAAGUGACAGUUGUGGAAACUUUGACACAACAAAGAUUCAAUACAGAAAAAACACCCACGCUCUGUGACGACAGUAAACUCGUCAAAAUAUCACUGCCAACGAGUUCAUUGAAUCUAAUGCAAUCAAACACUCAAUUCUUGAACAAGAGUCGUAAUUUUCUGAAUUUUAUCACCGAAAAGUCGACCAACAUAAUGGAAAAAACAUUAUUGCCACAAAAUCUUGCGAUUCGAUACAACUCCAUAAUGAAAAUAACUGACGUAACACCGAGCGAAAAAAAAAAUUUUUCAGAAUUUCCCUCUGUUCAAGAAUCCUCGUCUUCUGGUACUGCGACGAGCUCACACAUAAGCGAAAACACCGAGAUUUCCACAAUGACUGAGAGUCCGAAAACCAAUGUAACUAUGUUCAGCUGUGAAGAGAAACAUUCCGCAGACUCGAAAACGCCUGAGUCGACUCAGAGAUCAGAAAAGAGUUUAUAUGAAGAAAAUCCAAUGCAAAAUUCGAUACCUCAACCGGAAAUUGGUGAAUCUAUGACUACAGAACCAAGCAAUUCUGUUUCACUGACGAAUGAUUGUUCAGGAAGCUCGGAUAACAAUGUCGAAAUUGAUAAUUCAACGACAAAAUGUGAGGAUAGUAUAUCCAGCGAAAUUCCAGGACUCGAAAACACCAAUAGUCACGAUCCGGUCGGUGUAAAUGUCCUUGAAUUUGAAUCACACACUGGUUUGCUUAAACAUCCGGUCUAUCUUACGCUCGUUGGAGAUUAUGCAAAACUGCGAGAGGAAAAAAUCAAGCUAGCCGAAAGAGUCGAAGUUCUUGAGGCCGAAAAACGUAUUUUGGAAGCACAAAACAGCGGGGAAUUGUUCAACGUACAGUUGGAAGCAUUAGAAAAAACUGUUGAACGUUUGACUGUCGAAUUACGCGCUGCCAAUGCUAAUCAAGACGAACUCGGACGUGAAUACGCCGCAGCAAAUAAAGAACGGGAAAGCAUGGUAAUGAAAUACGCCGUCAGUGAGAAACAGCUGAUUGAUACUCAAAGAGCUCGAGAAUUUGCAGAACGACGAUACAAAGAAAUAGCAAAGGAUUACGAGUUGCUACAGAAUAAGUUGCGUCAAGCUCAAAGCGAGAGAACAAGAAUAUGCAAUAUUCUCGAUACAAAGUGCCGAGAAUUGACCGACUCGCAAAAAGAAGUUGAGAAACUUAAGGAAGACGUUAAUGUGCGUGAUGUUAAAUUAAAAUGGACACAAACGAAGUUGAAAACAGAGAUGGAGAGCCACAAAGAGACGCAGCAAAAAUUAGACAAGGCUACGGCAAGAAUGAACGACAUGCGAGAAGAGUGCGAACAGAUACGCCGGGAAUCACAAGAGAUGAUACGAGAAUUUCAACACUCUGAAGAAAACAAAGCUGUUACGUUGGAUCAUCAACUGAAAGAGCAGCAGGCUCGUCUCAUUUUAGAGAGGCAUGUUACCGAAGACAAGGAAAUACUACGGCUUCAACUGCAAAAAGAAGUUGAUCAAUUGAAAAAUCGACAGCUCGCUCUUAUCGAAGAAAAUAACACACUGAGUUUGAAAAUUCAAGAUUUGGAGAAAACCCGUUUGUCUUACGAGAAUAAAAUCAGCGAGUUCAAAAACAUGGCUGAUCAACGACAGAAGGAAAUUGUCGAUCUUUCGGCCAAAGUUUCGCAUCUGGAGACCAUGAAACUGCAAUUAAUUCAUAAGGAACAGUGUUUGAUGUCAAAUGAAGCUGAAGUUGAACGUCUUCGUCAAGUAAAUCAAGAACUUCAAGCGGACAUGGACUGCUGUCGUCAACGAGAAGCUCACAUGUUGGAUUUCACGCAGAAAUUGACGGACAAGAACGUUCGCCUACAGUCAGAAUUCACGGCGAUCGAGGCAAAAACUGCUCAGCUCGAGCAAGAACAGGGUCCCCUACGCGAGCGCAUCGCUGAGUUUAAGGAAAAAAUUAAAACUUUAGAAGAAAAUUUGGCGUAUGAGAAAAGCAAAAGAAUCGAAGAGUGCGAAAUACUGGCGAAACAUUUGGCCGAGCAAACCCAAAUAGCUCAGAAUCUUACGCAAAAACUUGAAGAAAGUCAAGGUGAAAUUGCGGUUCUCAAACGUAAACAACAAAUUUCUGUGAAAGAAAUGGCUCGAGAAUUACAGCAGUGUCGUAAAAGAUUGGAAAUUUACGAUAAUGCAUCUCCGAGCAAUUCCUUGGAUCCGACUUCUCGUGCAGGCUCCAAUAAUUCAUUAAACGCUGGAGAAACCCUAAAUGGAGCGUCAUCGGAUCAUAGCGGGAACAGUGAGACGACGAUACAAACCACCGAACUCGAUCGCCAAGCUUUGAUCGAUCGAAUACUCAAAAUGCAGAAGAUCAACGUUCGCAGAGCUGAAAAACUAGAUUUUUUGGAAGAACACACACGAACGCUCGUUGCCGAAUUGCAGAAAAAAACUAAAAUCAUACAAAAUUAUAUACUCCAUGAAAACUUCGACGCUAUGGGAAGCAACGAAAGAGAUCGUCACAAACACAUAAAAAGCAAAAGGAAUCCGGCGGAGUUGGCGAGAUACGGUGGAAUAAUGGCGUCAGUUUACAGUCAGCGAGUCGCAGAUGACACAAUGACACUAGAAUUGUCAUUAGAAAUAAAUCAAAAAUUACAGGCCGUUCUGGAAGAUGCUCUUUUGAAAAACAUAACUCUCAAGGAUAAUAUCGAUACACUUGGUGAAGAAAUUGCGAGGCUGACCAUAAAGAAUCAACAAUUGCUACAACAAAAGGGAAAGUAAGAAAAAAUGAGAGAAAAUUCCGUGCAGGUGCUACAAUCGUACUUAAGAUGCGCGAGCCUUGCCGCAUCGAAAACAUUAAAGCUUUCCUUCGUAUAACCCAUUCAGAAAAGAUACUUAACGUUAAUUUCGCAGAAACUAAACCGUGGUGAAUUUAUUUUUAGUUAUAUAUAUCUACAUAAUUUUUUAAUCGUCCUGAACGUUCGAAGUAUUUUUUUUGUUAGUCGGUUAUCUAUAAUUUUCUUAGCACUUUAUUCAUAUACGUACCUUGCCGUUUACUACGUACACCCGAUUAUUUUCCGCGAUGUAUGCUGUAGCGCGAACAAGAAAGAAUCAGGCGAGCAUUAAUGGACUGUUGAGAAAAAAAAAUCGAAAGUGUGAGCAACUCGAUUUCAUGUAUAAACGACGGAAACGUCACAGCUCUCGUUAACAACCGCGCAAGUACAAAUGAGAAAGAAAGAAUUGAACUUGCCGAUGUGUAUUUUAAAAAUCUGUAUAUUAUACGUAAUAUAUAUAGAUAUAUUAUAUAUCUAAGUAUAUAUACAUAAUUAUACAUAAAACAGGCAUAUGAGCAUAUACGAAGAGUGGAAUAAAUUUUAUGUCAGACAA